AUGCGGCUGCGAGAACACGCUCCUCCGCCAUAUGAAGAGGUGUCCAGCCAUGGCCCGCGAGUCCAAUUGCCCAUUGGCGAACUGCUGUCUCUUGCGCUCGACGGCCGCUCCAUCUUCUCGGCCACCAACCCGGCGCUCGUCUACUAUGAGCUGAGCGCGGCGCCGUUGCAGGCCACAUCGUUGACUUACAUUGUCAAAAAGGUGAAAUACCGGCUGGCGGGCAAUGGCAGAGGCGACGAUGCCAACGGCCGGCUGCGCACCCGCCACGACGACAUUUACCUCUUCCGCGAUGCCUACGUCAACUUCUAUGCGCCGCGGCGCAUCGUGAUAGACGGCAAGGCCAAGGACGGCCGCAGCUACAAGAGCGUCAAGCUCUCGCCGGGCCUCCUGGGCUGGUCGACGUGCUCGGCGGCGGGCCAUUUCAGGGCCAAGGUGGGAUUUGGCGAUCGCUGGCGGAACCACCACCAGGUCAUCUGGAAGGACGACAGCGGCCGCAUCGUGGCCAUGGAGGACGCAUAUACAGCUUACACUGCUGCUAACAGCAACAACAACAACAACAAUGCUACAAGUAGUAGCAGUAGGCCGGAUGGCAUUAGCAGUCCAGAUAGCAGCAGUAGCAACACCCCGAACGGCGACAACAUCACGACUCGCACGCCUGAACACACGUUGACUGUGCCCUGCCUGAAGCUCCUGCGCCUGCUCGACGACAAAGACCUGGAUCUGCUGGUGACGUGCUGGACAGCUCGGCUCUGGAAGCAGUCGCAGAAAUUACACCGCAGCUCGCCUCCAUCGUCCAUGGGCCGGUCUAGAGUCAAGCGAUUUGCAGCACGACACCUCAGCCUGCGGUACAUGACCAGCCUAGUUUCGUCCAACCCAACCCCGACCCGGCGCCUCGAAGCGUAG